AAGGAAAUCAACUUUAAGAACAACUGAGGCAAACUUCACCUGCAGGACUCUGCUGCUCGUCCCUGGGAUUAAACACCAAUUUCUUCUGUCGGAUUAAAAUAAUUUUCUCUCCACUGACUGUAAUGACGCCGUCGUGUCGCGUCAUGACGCACUCCAAUUAAACCUGGUUGUUGUAAAUGGAUCCACUGGUUCAGCGCGAGCAUGGCGAAAUGAUGUGCAAAAGUCAACUGAAGUGAAGUGGACUGAGGACUGUCACUCAUUAGUUCAUGUUGAGAACCCGACUGUUAACCUGAACGAGCUAACCAGACAUCAUGGCUGGAGACGACCACUACCUUCAUACUUCCAACCAGAUUUUAGACAACAUCAUGAUGGAUCCAUCGUGGGAGUUCACACCUUUCCCUGUGAUGCAUCAGACCCCGUCUGUGCGGACAGUGGACGGACCGUUCCUGCAGAUCACAGAGCAGCCCAAACAGCGCGGCUUCAGGUUCAGGUACGGCUGUGAAGGUCCGUCUCACGGCGGUCUGCCAGGAGCCUCGAGUGAGAAGAACAGGAAGACUUACCCCACCGUCAAGAUCUGUAACUACCAGGGUCCGGCACGGGUCGUGGUCCAGCUGGUGACGGCGCUGACCCCCGUCGCUCAGCUCCACGCUCACAGUCUGGUGGGAAAACAGUGCGACAAAGGGAUCUGCAUCACCGACCUACAGCCCAAAGACUCCAACAUCAGUUUUCCUAACCUGGGGAUCCUUCAUGUGACGAAGAAGAACGUGGCGAAGACUCUGGAGGAGAGGAUGAUCGAGGCCUUCAGGCUGGGAUACAACUGUGGAGUCUCCAUCCAUCCUGAAAUCGAUGUCCUGCAGGGGGAAGUCCGAGUCCCCCGAGACCUCACCGACCACCAGCGCAGUGUGAUCAGCAGCGCGGCAUCUCUUCAGGCUAAAGAAAUGGACCUCAGCGUUGUCCGGCUCAUGUUCACGGCGUUCCUUCCCGACAGUGACGGAGGUUUCUCUAGACGACUCGAGCCUGUCGUGUCUGAACCGAUCUACGACAGCAAGGCUCCGAACGCCUCCAACCUGAAGAUCGUGAGGAUGGAUCGAACCGCCGGCUGUGUGAGCGGAGGAGAGGAGGUCUACCUGCUCUGUGACAAAGUCCAGAAAGAUGAUAUCCAGGUUCGGUUCUAUGAAGAAGAUGACUCGGGGUUGACCUGGGAGGCUCUGGGAGAUUUCUCCCCGACAGACGUCCAUAGACAGUUCGCCAUCGUGUUCAAGACUCCGAAGUAUCGAGACCAGAACCUGCAGAAGCCCACGUCUGUGUUUGUCCAGCUGAAGAGGAAGUCUGACAACGAGACCAGCGAGCCCAAACCCUUCACCUACCACCCUCAGAUCAUAGACAAGGAGGAGGUGCAGAGGAAGAGACAGAAGACGUUGCCAAACUUCCAGGACUUCAGCGGUCACGGAGGAGGUGGAGGUCUGUACCGAGGAGGAGGUGGAGGUCCCGCUGCAGGAGGAGGACCUGGCUCUGGGGGAGGAGGAGGUUACUUUCAGGGCUUUACUACCUACAACUAUGGGGGAGGAGGAGGAGUAGGAGGAGUAGGAGGAGGUGGAGGUUUCUCCACAGGAUACUCAGCUGGUCUGGCAGGAGGAGGCAUCAAACAUGCCUCUGAAGGUGGCGCAGCAGACGACAGCAGCGACGACAGUGAUCCAGAUGAUGAUUCGGGGUCGGGGGUCGUGCUGAGAGCUUCAGCCCUGAAGGGAAACCUCGAGGCAGGGGAGAGGACUGAGGAGGAGCCAGAGCCACACAGAGAUGAGCGGUUGGUUCAGGUGACCAGCAGACAGUUGGAGGCUCUGUUUCAGUACUCAGUCACAGGAGACUCAGCGUACCUGCUGGCUGCACAGCGCCCCCUGAUGACCGCACAGGACGAGGACGGAGACACUGGGCUCCAUCUGGCAGUUCUCCACAGCCAGAAGGAGGCGCUGAAGAGUCUCACUCAGGUUGUGUUUGCGCUGCCUGGAGAGGAGGUGCUCAACAUGAGGAACCACCUCUACCAGACUCCUUUGCACCUGGCUGUGAUCACACAGCAAAGAGAGGCGGUGGAGGCGCUGCUGUUGGCCGGCGCCGACCCAACUCUGACAGAUCGUCAUGGCAACACAGUGCUCCACCUGGCAUCUCAGCUGGAAGGAGGAGGAGGAGGAGGAGGAGGAGGGAUGGUCCAGUUUCUACUGAAGCACAGAGAGCUGAGAGAGCUGCUGGAACACACCAACACAGCAGGUCUGUGUGCGAUCCACCUGGCAGUCCUGGCCAAUCAGCUGUCUUCUCUCAGGGAGCUGCUGGAGGGCGGGGCCAACGUGGAGGCUCAGGAGCGCAGCUGUGGACGGACCGCCCUCCACCUCGCCACCGAGGCCGAGAAUGUGUCGCUGGCCGGCUGCCUGCUGCUGGAGGGUAACGCCAAGGUGGACUCCCUUACCUUUAAUGGCUCCACCCCCCUCCACAUCGCUGCAGGGCGGGGCUCCAUCAAGCUGACAGCUCUCCUGAUGGCUGCAGGUGCAGACCCUAAGAAGGAGAACUUUGAGCCUCUGUUCUUCAAGGAGGAGGACUCCUGUGAUGAAGAGAGGGAGGAUGAGGAUGAAGAUGAAGGCUACAUCCCAGGAACCACUCCGCUCAACAUGGCAGCCACCACUCAGGUGUUGGAGCUUCUGAAUGGUAAAGAGUAUGAACCAAAGUCUCCACACAGAUCCUUCGUCCCUCCUCCAGGCGACCUGGUGAGCCUGGACAUGGAGGUGAAGCAGCAGGUGUGUCGCGCUCUGGAGAGUGAAGGAUGCUGGGAGAAUCUGGCUCACAGUCUGGGUCUCGGGAUCCUUAACACGGCCUUCAGGCUGAGCCCCUCCCCCGCCAAAACACUGCUGGACAGCUACGAGGUGUCAGGUGGGACGAUCAGGGACCUGUUGGCUGGUCUGAGGGCAGUCGGAGACUGUAAAGCUCUGAGCGUCCUGGAGGAGGCGCUGCGCAACAACGACGAUGAGGAACAGAUGACCAAUGAGAUGAGCGGUGAUUCUCGGGUUCACGAUCUGAAGGCAGACGUUCGGAUCGACAGUGGGGUCUGUGACAGCGGGGUGGAGCUCUCCACAGCGUGACCGUCCCAUUGGUCCAUCCCCAGUUGGGUUCACCCAUCCAUUCACUCAUUCAUCCAUCCAUCCAUCCAUCCAGUGAUUGAUUCAUUGAUCGAUCACUCCGGGCUGAGCUGAGUUCAGAGGAAACAGUUUCUCAUCACGAACAUUUUAUUUGUUUUUAAUUAAACGUGUUAUUUUUAACCUGAUGAGACAGAAAAGAUGUUUGUAACGUACAUAUUAGUUAGUAAGGUUUCAGCCCACACUACACUCCAAUAGCUCCACCAAAGAAUGUAAAUCUGCUUCUUGUUCCUCUCUGAACAAAGAAAGAAAUCACUGUGGGUUUGAAGGAAUCAUUCACUCGGAAAAACAAAACAAAAAGCAAGCAGAGUCCGUCAGAUAUCACGUGGUAGGGAAAAGUAUUGAUUUGAUCGACUGUAUAAUAUUUGGAAUCAUGUUCUGUUGGCUGCUGAGUGGACAGAUCUGACAGAGUGAAAGUGGACGGCUGAUUCUCAGCAGCAAAAGUCUUCUGAGCUGCGGUUUGUUUUUUCUGCAGCAGGUAUCGUCUGUCUGCAGGGGGAAAGGUGCUAUUGAUACUGAAAUGAUUGUAAAGAAAUUUGCCCGAAACGAUCGGUUCAGAUUGUUGCAAAUCUGUUUUAAUGCAACGCUCAAAUGUUCAUAUGGAGAGUUGUUGGUGUUUCUAAUGGUUCCUCCGGUUCAGACUGGCUGUGAAGAGAUCUCUUUAAACAUGACUCCACUGCAGGAGAUGGUUCAGAAAUCUACAGUUCAGAUGAAGAUAAUCUGAGUUCACUGAGUGUGAAAACAGCUCUUUGUUAAGCAUGCGGUAGUCUGUGUGGAUGUGUGUUUAAUCUGAUUCAGACGUCCAGUUUGAGUUAAAUAUCUAACUGUGAGGGUUUAUCAAAAACCAAAAACAGGAUUUUACAACUCUUCUCUUGUGAUAAUCAGGAGGGAAACUGCUGCAAAAUAGCCCUAAUGUUGCAGAUGAAUUUAGCCAGAGUCUGCGCUCACGUCCGGCCUUGUAAUGAAUGAGAGGGCUGUUUUAUUUCCUACAGGGACUUAAACCGAUCUAACCUGACUCACAGGAUGUAGAUUGUUGGUAUAAGCCUGCUAUUGGCUGCCUUUUUUAGAAUUCUCCUCCCUUCUGCUAUCUGUCAACACAAUUUUGCAACAGCACUGUCAGUGCAUCCUGAUUUUAGUGCCACCCAAGACCCUUGUGAUUGGUUUAACCCUUUGAAACGUGAACAAAUUGGCUUGAUUUCUUUCAAAAACGUGGGAAGAAGGCAACGAGCAAUGAUUGAAGAAACCAAAAAAAGUGGAUGAAAUUAGUAAAAAAAAAAAAAAAAAAAAAAAUUAAAACAA